AUGGCUCCUGCCAAACGAAAGACCGCUUCCACACCCUCCGUAGCGAGCAAGCGAACCGCCGCGGCGACCGCUUCCGCAAACAAAGUCACCAAGGCGUCCGCCCAAAAGACCAAAGCCCUUACAGUACGACAAAAGGCCGCCCUUGCUCGUGCCGCGCUGGCAGAGAGUUCCGGCAACGUUACCGCGACUCCCUCUACCGUCGGAAGAGCAACUCGCACCAGUGGAAGGGGGAAGCGCGCCGCCGCCACUACUAUACAAGAGGAAGAGACGGAAUCUACCGAGCACACUGGGACAAUUGCGGAGGAGCAAGGGGACGAGGAUACGACUAUGCAUGAUGUUACUGCUACCGAGGAAGUGGAGGCGCCGCCGAAGGAAACAACGACAAGGGCGACAAGGGGGAGGCCGAGGAAAACUGCUGCAGCGGCUGUGGCGGAGACGCCCAUGUCGGUGACGGCGACUGCGACAAGAGGCGGAAGGGGGAGGAAGAAGAAGGUGGAGGAGUUGGUGGUAGUGGAAGAGGAUGAGACGUCACAGCAGGAAGAGGUAACGGAGGUGACACAUGAGGAGACUCAAAUUGAGGAGGAGGAAUCGUUGCCGAUCCCGGGGGCGUGGCAUAGCGGACCUCCAGCGAGCACAACCAGGAAGUCGUCUUCGUUGGGGCUGGGGUUUAAGACACAUACGGCUGGGGCAAGGACUGACGACCCGGAGCUACGGCGCAAGUUGGGCGAGCUGACGCAGAAGUACGAGGCGUUGGAGCUGAAAUACAGAGAUCUGAGAGAGGUUGCGGUUAAGGAGGCGGAGAGGAACUUUGACAGGUUGAGGAAGCAAUCCGAAGAGAGGACGACUGCCUCCGACCAGCUGAUUGCCGCCCUCAAAGCCGAGCUCACCUCCCAGAAGCAAGCCGCCAGAGAGGCCACUCGUCUCCACAAGCAGCUCGAAGCAUCCGAAUCCCAACUGUCAAGCCUCAAUGCCAAAGUCGCCGAACUCACGAGCUCCCUCACAAAAUCCAAGACGGAAGUCAAUGCCCUCAACAUCAAGCUCACAGCCUCCCGUCAAGCCGAAGCCGCAGCGGUCGCCAAAAUUGGCCAACCUCAAGUGCCUGGAAGCGCCAUGAAGAACAAGCAGAACGGCAACCGGAUGCUCACCAUGGGCAACUCGGAAGCCAUUGCCCAAGCGACUCAGCAGCACCAACUGAAAGAGGAUCUCUACUCGGAUCUGACCGGGUUGAUCGUCAGAGGGGUCAAGAGGGACCAGCAAACGGGUGAGGAUGUGUAUGAUUGCAUACAGACGGGGAAGAAUGGAACACUCCAUUUCAAACUUGCACACAUCAGCGCCAACUCCCCCCACGUCGAUGCGGAUGAGACGACCCAGUACUUUGACGAAGACCAGUUCCACUACAUGCCGCAGCUUGAUGCGAGCAGGGACCGCACGCUUAUUGAUCUGCUGCCAGAUUAUUUGGUUGAGGAAAUCACUUUCCCCAAGCAGCAUGCGGCAAAGUUUUAUUCAAGAGUCAACAAGGCUUUAACGGAGACGGUACCACAGGCGCAAUAG